AAGGGCAUGCGCCUGGCGGCGGCUCCGAACAGGGCGGUCAGCAGCAGUCAGCGCUGACUGGGGAGCUGCCCCGUUGCGGAGGCUCUUCCUACGGGUGGGGCCGCCCAGGACCUGAGCUCUGGGCAGCUGCGGGUUGCGCGGCUGGGAAGCCCCGAGCGAGGGGCGGGAGGCGGGGAGGCGAAGUGGGAACUUGAAGGGAGGAAACUUCCUUCCUCAGAGAUAACAGAAGGGGGUAUAGGGCAGAAUGCAGAUAUGUUUGCAGGGUGUGAGGAAGCUCAGCGCCUUGCCUGGCAGCCUGGGUGGCUGCGGGACCUUGCAUGCAGGCAGCAGUAGCCCCGCGGUAACUCCGCCGCCUGCCCUUCCCGGCCCGCUCAGCUCCGUGCCCAGCUGCUGGCGGAGCUGCUGCUCGCUCACCCGUCCCGCGGGCCGAGCAGCGAACUCUGCGUUAGUUCGCAGCAGCAGUGCUCCUCCUGCCUCAGAGCGCAGGGAGCUUUCAAAAUCACAUCAGCAAUGCAGCUUUUUCUGCUACGGCUCCGCUGCUGACAAGUAAAGAGGCAGUAGCCAGACACUGAAGAAUAUUCAAGACACCAAAAAGCAGCCCCCGACCCCUCAGCCUGCUAACAAGUCAUGGGGAGAGUAAAUCUGCUCUUGGUAGGAGACUGAGGUCCACGUGAGGAACUUCUGACUCGUGUGAGGUUUCGUUACAGUGGCCAUAAGAUGUGAAGAAGAAGAAAAUUUGGCACUGAAUCUAGUAACAGGGCUAGGCCUACAGGUAGAUGUGCAUGCAUUUUGGGAACAUGAAGCUCAGUGACUUGGGAAGAUAAUGGAAGAUGUGAGAAGGAAACUGGACAAUAUGGUGUCUUUAGAGAAGAUCUGUGCUGAGUCAGUCUGAGAAAUGAAAAGUAGCAGAUCAGUGGAGUUUUAGCAUGUUGUAUAAGUUAUUAGAUCUAUUUUUUUAUAAUUUGAAGAUUACAAUCAAAACUGCGUGAGACUUUAUGCCUUUAAAGAGAAGACCGUGCUAAGAGAGCAUGGACUUUGUUCUUAUUUAUAAACAUACUGUUCUGACAAGAGGCGUAAUAGUGCAACACUGACACUGGUCAAAACCAAAGCUGUCUAACAGGAAAGCAAAGAUGCAGAGCACCUCGAAUUACCUCUGGCUGUUGUCUGACAUUCUAGGACAAGGAGCUACUGCAAAUGUUUUCCGGGGACGACAUAAGAAAACUGGGGAUUUAUAUGCUGUCAAAGUAUUUAACAGUAUAAGUUUCCUUCGUCCUGUGGAUGUUCAGAUGCGAGAGUUUGAAGUAUUGAAGAAACUGAAUCACAAAAACAUUGUAAAGUUGUUUGCUGUUGAGGAAGAGACAACAACUAGACACAAAGUACUAGUUAUGGAGUUCUGUCCAUGUGGGAGUUUAUAUAUGGUUCUAGAGGAGCCGUCCAAUGCCUUUGGUUUGCCAGAAUCGGAGUUCUUAAUUGUGUUGAGAGAUGUAGUGGCUGGGAUGAAUCAUCUCCGGGAAAAUGGAAUAGUGCACCGUGACAUCAAACCUGGCAACAUAAUGCGUGUUAUAGGUGAAGACGGGCAGUCUGUUUACAAACUGACAGACUUCGGCACUGCAAGGGAGCUUGAAGAUGAUGAACAGUUUGUUUCUCUCUAUGGCACAGAGGAGUAUUUACAUCCUGAUAUGUAUGAGCGAGCAGUUUUGAGGAAGGAGCAUCAGAAAAAGUAUGGAGCCACAGUUGAUCUGUGGAGUAUAGGGGUGACCUUUUACCAUGCUGCAACAGGAAGUUUGCCUUUCCGACCCUUUGAAGGACCUCGUAGGAACAAGGAAGUGAUGUAUAAAAUAAUCGCUGGGAAGCCUUCUGGUGCUAUUUCUGGAAUACAGAAAGCAGCAAAUGGACCAAUUGAGUGGAGCUGGGAAAUGCCUAUUUCUUGCAGCCUUUCGAAGGGUCUGCAAGUACUGCUCACACCUGUCCUUGCAAAUAUUCUGGAAGCAGACCAGGAGAAAUGCUGGGGCUUUGAUCAGUUCUUCGCAGAGACGAGUGACAUACUGCACCGAAUAAUAAUCCACAUCUUUUCACUCCAGCAGAUGACCUUGCACAAAGUUUAUAUUCACAGCUAUAAUACAGCAGCUAUAUUUCAUGAGUUGGUCUACAAACAGACAAAGAUACCAUCUCAGAAUCAAGAACUUAUAUAUGAAGGUCGGCGUUUGAUACUGGAGCCUGGCAGACUGGCACAGCACUUCCCCAGAACUACUGAGGAGAAUCCUAUCUUUGUAGUAAGCAGAGAAGCUGUGAACAUUGUUGGAUUAAUCUACGAAGAAGUUUUGCUUCCUAAAGUGCAUCAACGUUAUGACUUGGAUGGGGAUGCCAGUAUGGCUAAAGAAGUAACACGUAUCGUAUGUUAUGCCUGUAGAGUUGCCAGUUCUUUGCUACUUUACCAGGAGCUGAUGCGAAAAGGAAUACGCUGGCUAAUUGAAAUAAUCAAGGAUGAUUACAAUGAAAUGGUUCAUAAAAAGACCGAGGUUGUUAUCAGACUGGAUUUCUGCAGCAGAAACAUUGAAAAAGCAGAGAAAAUAUAUGAGAAUUUGAUGCAGAUCAACUUGGAAUCAUCAGAAGUGGAUGAAAUUUCAGAGAUAAACACGAAAUUGUUGCGUCUCUCCAGCUCUCAGGGCACAAUAGAAACAAGUCUUCAAGAUAUCAAAAACAAACUUUCUCCCGGUGGUUUACUGGCUGACGCCUGGGUGAAUCAAGAAGGCACGCAUCCGAAAGACAGAAAUUCUGAAAGGCUGCAGACACUGUUAUCUUCAAUCACAGAUAUUUAUUAUCAGUUCAAAAAAGACAAACAAGAACGAAGGCUUCCCUACAAUGAAGAGCAAAUUCACAAGUUUGACAAGCAGAAGCUGUAUUUGCAUGCUACCAAAGCCAUAGCUCUCUUCAAAGAUGAAUGUGUCAGCAAGUACGAUGCAUUUCUGGACAAGGCUGAGGACUGGACAAGGAAAAUGCUUCACACAAGGAAGCAGCUGCUAGCGCUCACUAACCAAUGUUUUGAUAUUGAAGAAGAAGUAUCCAAAUACCAGGAUUAUAUAAAUGAGUUACAAGAUGCUCUGCCUCAGAAAAUGUUUGCAGCUUCCACUGGGAUGAAACAUACCAUGAAUACAGUUUAUCCAAGUUCAAACACACUAGUGGAAAUGACUCUUGGUAUGAAGAAACUAAAGGAGGAAAUGGAAGGAGUUGUUAAAGAGCUGGCUGAGAACAAUCAUAUUUUGGAAAGAUUUGGUACUUUGACUGCGGAUGGUGGCCUGAGGAAUGUGGACUGUAUGUAACUUUCAGAGGACCUGAAGAAGAUUUGUACAUUUUUCAAAGGGAAAAAUUACUGUUGGGACGUUGAAAAGCAGAUAGUAAAUCUGUACCCAGUUUUUUUUCCUCUGCAACUGUAGUAUUAAAAAAAUGUAAAUAUGUAUAAUAUGUAAAUAUAGAAGAAAGAUA